GUCCUAACUUUCCUCUGCACUGCGUCGCCGCGCGAACCAAGUAACUGACCGGGAGCCACACAUCCCUGUGACGAGUGGUACGUGCGCUUGUUCCUCGAACUGAGAAUAAAUCACUGCCGCUCCCACCCACCCUCGCUCUCUGAGCCGUCAACAUCCUUUUCACUCUGCCACCACCCAUACCGUUGCCUCUUUACUGAUCACCGCUCAACCGUCAAUCCCACACUCCGCGAAACACUCUACUUGGAAUCCUGGGAACUCGCAUUGCGAAUCAGUCACAAUGGCCAAUUCCACCAUCAUCUCGAAUACCGCAAACCUCGAGAAAUACCUCAAACUCCCACAGAAAGGCUCCGUUAUCGCCGAGUACGUCUGGAUUGAUGCUUCCAGCGGCGUCCGCUCCAAGUGCAAGACCCUCAAGUCCAAGCCAAACAGCGUGAAGGACCUCCCAGAAUGGAACUUCGACGGAUCUUCAACAGCUCAGGCACCCGGCGACAACUCUGAUGUCUACCUCCGCCCCGUGGCCAUGUACCCAGACCCAUUCCGCCUUGGCGACAACGUGCUCGUCAUGUGCGAGACCUGGAUGUCAGAUGGCAAGCCAAAUGCAUUCAACUUCCGCCAUGAUGCCGCAGUCGUCAUGGAGAAGCACAAGGGAGAGGAGUUCUGGUUUGGUCUGGAGCAGGAAUACACCCUCCUCGACGUCGAGGGCUGGCCAUACGGAUGGCCAAAGAACGGUUUCCCAGCUCCACAGGGUCCAUACUACUGCGGUGUUGGUACCGGCAAGGUCUUUUGCAGAGAUAUUGUCGAGUCCCACUACAAGGCCUGCUUGUACGCGGGCAUCAACAUCUCAGGUACCAAUGCUGAGGUCAUGCCGGCUCAGUGGGAGUACCAGGUCGGUCCAUGCGAGGGUAUUGACCUCGGUGACCAGCUUUGGAUGUCCCGAUUCCUCCUCCACCGUGUCGCAGAAGAGUUCGGCGCCAAGAUCACAUUCGCACCAAAGCCAAUCCCAGGUGACUGGAACGGUGCCGGCCUCCACACCAACGUCUCGACCAAGGCUAUGCGUGCAGAUGGUGGUAUGAAGGCUAUCGAGGCAGCUAUGGAGAAGCUUGCUGCUCGACACAAGGAACACAUGUUGGUAUACGGCGAGGGCAACGAGGCUCGUAUGACCGGUGCCCAUGAGACUGCAGCAUAUGAUAAGUUCACUUGGGGCAUCGCCAACCGUGGCUCAUCGGUGCGUGUCAACCGCGCCUGCGCAGAGGAGGGCAAGGGCUACUUUGAGGAUCGCCGCCCAGCAUCCAACGGUGACCCAUAUCAGAUUACCGGUAUGAUCGUGGAGACCAUCUGCGGUAAGGUCGAGGGUGCAGACGUUUUCCAGAAGGCUAAGCAACAGCCGGAAGAGCUUGAGAAGAACGUUGUUCCGUCCAAGCCCUAAGCGUCUCGUCUCUGCAUCAUACACGUAACGAUAUCCCGAACGGCACCAUUCCCACAACCACAAUGAUGACCACACCUUACACAGCCUGACCCGACUCGGAUGCUACUAGAUGAUAUCCCUUUCUGAGCGCCGUUGGCUGUUCCGCUGAAGAUCUUGGAUGCGACACCGAGUUUCGGCGGAUUUGCUUUACUAUAGCUUGUGAAAUAGCCAAAGAAUGGCGAAUGAGCAAUCACAGAACUUAUGAAUG